CACAAACAUCGAACUAUUAUUUCUUGAAUGGCCUUUGCACAACGCAGCUAUUAUGGAAAGCAGUCUAAAAUAGAGGCAAAGAUUCGAAAUUAGCGAUACAAGAAUACGACGAGUGAAGACUCUUUUUGUCUACUGCUAGGACUGGAAUUUUCUCCGCCGUCUGCCUGACCCGCUUCCUGCCUGACAAACAGCAGCAGAGUCCGAGACAAAACUACAGAAUUAUAAUACUGACAAACGUUGACGAAACUGGAGGCAAGGAUACUAGAAUGGAUUCUGCAUGUCAUGGUCGAGUCCUGCUUGUAGGUGAUGGAGACUUUUCCUUCACUGUAUCAUUGCUGAAACUUUCGACGCUGCAACCAUCACAAGUUAUUUCAUCAAACAUUGAGACUCCUGCAACCAUUCAGCAACAUAAAUUAGCUUCUGACAACAUGAAGGCCAUACAAGACUUGGGUGGACUGGUGCUCUUGGAGACAGAUGCAAGAGAACUUCAUACCCACCCAAUCAUCUCCCAAUACAAGUAUGCAAGGAUCAUUUUCAACUUCCCUUUGGCUGAUCGACACAAUAUUAAAAAGAACAGAGCUCUCUUGGCUGAUUUCUUUGCAAGUUGUGCCAGCAUUCUCUCUGAAGACGGCCAGAUUAUGGUGACCUUGUGCAAAGGUCAAGGUGGCACACCUGCUGACAACCCAAUGAGGUCAUGGCAUGACAGCUGGCAGGUUGUUGCCAUGGCAACAAAUUCUGGUUUCUUGCUGACAGAUGUCAUGUUGUUUGACGCCACCAAGUACCCAGAAUACCACAGUGUUGGAUUCAGGUUCCAAGACAAAAGUUUCAAUACUGGCGGAGGCCUGACCCAUGUGUUUGAGCGAGCACCUUUGGUGGAAGUUGGGGAGGCAGUUGCUCGGACCUCUAUCCUGUGUGGAGAUGUCGCUUACUCAUGCUCAAGCUAUAUAGCUGACAGGAGAAAGAGGAAUCUUCUUCAUGAGGCCAACAACCCUGUGUCCCUGGUCUGCCGGGUUCUGAAGCAGACGGUGUCUCAGAACUUGGAGCUGGAUUGUAAAGAUGUUGAGGAUGAUUUUCUCUUCGUGAAAGGUCACAGAUCUAGAGCGGUGGUCAACUUGUGUCAGCCUUGUGCAGGGUCGUCCACCUUGACAGGAAGCUCGGCUCGACAGCUGGAUGUUGAUGAUGAGGGCACUGUCGAGCAGAAGACCGUAAAGGAAAAGAAAGAAGAAUUUAAUGUGACUUUACAGAACAAAGAGAAGUUGAGUUCCAACACUUUGGCGCAUGGUAUCGUUCAAGAUAAGACAACUCCAACAGAAAGACUUCAUGAGCAUCAUGAUGAUGUAAGUACCACGUUUUCGCAACUGGGCUUGAUUUUGCCGUCAGAACCAGAAGCUGUGUACAGUGCAAUAAAACGCACUCCCAAGAGCUGUCAGGGUGCCGACGGAGACAGUGCAUGUCAGGAAGGUGUACAUGAGCUCUCUGGUGAUGCAGAAAUGAAAUCUGAGACUUUGGAGGAGGACCCAAGCCAGCGAGUGUUCCAUCUCAGAACUUCCCUGCUCGAAGUAGCUGGAGACUUAUGGUCUCACAGUGUCGCUGACAGCUCCAGUGUCGGGACAGCCUCUAGUGUGUUGGGUACUGACGGUAGUGUUGGUCAGGGCAGGGGCAAAUGUGUGGCCUUCACAGGGCAGUGCUACCAACCUUGUGACGUCCGUCCUGGCCAUUUGCCUGUCACACACGAACUGUUGAUGAUUCAUGGUCCCGGUGGAGUAGUGGAGCGUAGCACCUUAUUUGAUUCUCCCAAAGAUUCCUCUUGCACUGAUGGUCAUUCGAGUCCUCCAAAUGAAACACUUGCAACCUAUUCCUCAUUUGACAAGGACAAACUGAUUCCUGAUUCAGUUCUCAGUAAAGUAAUUGCAGCUUGCAAUACCUCCAGUCUCUGCUCAGACUGGUGUUUUGAAGUGAGACCUGCAGAUCAGACAUGUGAAGUACUUAUUGAGAGCUUAGAUAGUGUGACAGACCUCAAGACGGUACAACUAAGAAGACAAUGUCGGGAAGACGACACAGAGAAAUUUGACAAGACAGUGUGCACUGUUGGCUUACUUUGUUCUGCCGAUGUGUGCGGACAAAAAUGUGAGAUCUGUUUGUUAAGUCUGGACAACAUUGCUGGUGCGGUCUGCAGUUUACCGAACUCACGAUUGCUGUGGUCACUGAGGGAUAAAUUUACCCAACAGUUUCAUGCAUCAGGCUUCCCUCAUGUGUAUCAACCUUUCAGUCUUUUCCCAAUGAAACUCGUUCAUGAUCUCAGUUUUUGGUUGAAGGAUUCGGAAGAAACUGUGGAUGAAUAUGAGUUGGCGGAUGCUGUCCGCUGUGUGGCUGGAGACUUUGUGGUGAGAGUGCAGCUCAUCGAUACUUACCAGGACCAAGAGUCGGGUCAACGCAGUCGCUGUUACCGCCUCCACUUCCUCUCUCACGACCAGGCCCUCCCUUAUCUAACUUCAUGGAAACUACAAAGUUUGAUCCGAAUGGAGGUGGCUCGCAGAAUGGGGGUCACUCUGAGGUAAAGACCGGAGGUGCAGAUUUUCUGCAUAAAUCCGGAAAUCUGAAUUCCUGUAAUUGAUCGGUUUAUAUCUGACAUCAGUGGAUCGUCAUGAAAACAGUCUUGAUGCAAGUUGUAUUAGACAAUGUUAUUCCUUAAAUUUUGAGUCCUUGUGCGAGUGUUUCCUUGGGGCCUGAAAAUUUCUGGAUUUUUUUUUUGGUAGCUAGUUAUCACCUCUACAAGUUCUUGAUGCAGUCAUAGAUACAUGCAGGGGGAUGGUCGUCUGGAUGAAGUCAGAGGUACGCACUGGAGGAUAGGGGGCUAUAGAUGAAUCUACACCAGAGGAUAGAAGCAAAAAGAUGUAGAUCAAGUCACAGAUUCUCAUUAAAAGAUGGUGGUCAUUCUGUGCUAAAGUCCUUGAAUUUGUAGCUACACAAUUUACUGAUACCCAAUGUUUCAAGCAGUUGUUACUUUAGUGAGGAUGGACAUCGGUGGACAUAAGGGACAUUGUGUAAGAUAAGAAUAGUUUAAGUCAAUUCUGAACUGUUAUACUUCUCCUUAAAGUGCAAUGUCUUGAACUGAAAUAAAUUGAGCAAAGUAAGAUGCUCAGAAACAGUAAAA